AUGGGCGAAUCGGGGGAAAAAUCGAGGGAUCCCUGCAAAGAAGAGAAAUGGCGGUGCGAGGAGGACGAUCCCCUCUGGAGGGUCUACGUGAAGUCAUAUCUCGAGAAUGAGAGGAGACUUGAGAGAGACGACAGGUUCGAUCAGCGUCAGCCGGGUGAACUCGCCAGGUUACCCGACUUGCUCAACGAUGAUAGUAUACCACCAUCCCACUGUUGCUUUCCGCUCGAUACUUUCAAUCUCAGUGAACGAACACGACUGCCUGACCGUAUCAAUACCAACGAGAAAAUCAGGAUUUGGCGGAACAUGAAAGCGGAUACUCAAUUUAGCCAUGAAGAUGCCCCAGUAGUGUCAAAAUCUGUGCGAAAAUUAUGGCCCUGUGUGUCUCGCGACUUCUACGAAGACCAGAGACUCUUAAAAAUCCUCGAGAAGCGAAAAUUGCCGGGACUACUGCCCUGUCAGGACAUUUACCCCGAGAAUAACGACGAGCCCGACAAUUUCGCGCAUUACAAAGAGCUGGGACACGCUCGGAUCCCCGUGUCAUGCCCCCGCUCUGAGAAAUUAUUACUAGUGGAUCGAGCCUCUGGCGAUCAUCCCGGUCUCGUCGAUGGUGAGUACGUAAUCUCAGAGCUGGCGUCCGAAGCCGAUGAGAAUCGCGUCUACACUCAAGUGUGCUUGAGGGGAACCAAGGGGAUGCGUGUGAUUGAAUUGAGUGGGGCGAGGGCGCGGGAGAAGACCUGGAAGUUCUGUUUUUAUCAGGCAAUCGUUGCUCUCCUGGCUAAAACUCAGUUGAGAUAUAAAUACGCGACGAGUUCGAACAUAGAUUACAUCUACGAUCACGCCUGGAUGCUGUUCAUCCACAUAGGAAGUCUCAACAUAAAAAAGAAACUCCAGCUCGACGAUAUCGUCGUUUACAACUACAAAUACUCGGUGGAGAUUGACCUAGAGGACGAACUAGCUGUCCCAAAAAUUCCCGACGUCCCCUGGACAUUCCUGGAGCCAUCAGUCAAGAGGAUAAAGCACCAGAAGCGUCCAGAACUCAUGAAGAUGAGCGAGGAACUCGGCUGGGAGAAGAUAAACCACAAAAACCAUCCCCCAAUCCACAGAGACACGGAGACAAUCGAGAAAUUUCUCGGGAAUGUCCCAGACGAUUGCCACAACUUCAUCCUGAGGACUUGCAGAUUCUCCCUAGCAGUCUGGAGAGAUGGUAAUUUCUGGUACAUCUACAACCCCUACCGCUGCGAUGCUUUCGGCUACUGGGAUGACCAGGGCAAUGCAUGCAUAAUCAAGUUCACCUCGAGGAAUACGUUAAACCGUCACAUCGUCAUUCUCCUGCUGAGAGCCUACGCUCACGAGGCCCACGCUAUCAAUAGCCCCCAGGAAGCUCCACCCCGAGAGCCCCUCAUAAUCCAACUAUUCAAGAUAACAUACACCUGCGCCAAGAUUCACAAUCUCAAAUUUCUGGAACGCAAGCCCCCAAAAUCGAGGCGCCAAAAAGUCUGGAGGGACCAGGAGAUCAAGCCCCUCCCCGAUAACUACGCGGGACCGGUUGAGAAGAAGAGUUGGCUGAAGACACAUCAGAUAAUUUGGACGAAAUGCACAAAAGGCACCAGCAAAAAGAUAAAGUGGCACGAGUAUUACGUCGAGGAGCCCGACAAAGUAUUCUCCCUCUGGGGCGAGAUACAUCCGACGGAGGAGAUAUUUUCAAAAAAAAACCGGGGAAAUCAGGUGUACGCUUGCUAUGUCGUGGCUGCUGGUAUGAGUCGCAUAAUGGCACCGGAAUAUUGGACUCCCAAGACGAUGGAUACUGUUGUCAUGUGUGGAGACAGAUAUUACACGUUGAGUAGACUUCAAAGUGAUUUUACAACGUCAAAGGGUGAAUUUAUUGCUGCCUGGAAUAUGCGGCUGUUAAGGCACUUCAAGAUCGGUGAUAUUCUCUUUGAGAUUGAUGUUAUGAGGGGGGUCACGGGGAGGCUGUAUACGGAGGAGUCGCUCUGGAGGAUUCUCGAGCAAUUCUUUAUCAAGCACUCGUUUGGAAUACUCAACUGUGAGAAUUCAUGUCUCGGGAUUUUUAAACUCUCGGGGGCUUAUUUCAUGAUGGACGUCGACUCUGUGGGACCACCGGUUUUCGGUCUGGGGGAUGGGGUCGGCUAUCUGGUGAGGGUCACGUCCUUCAGGAGAUUUGUCGUUAGUCUGGUGAUCACUAUUGCGUCGGCUGAGUGCAGUUUUUUCACUCUGCAUCCGGUGGAGGUCGUGAAAAUUGUCGAUGUUGGACCUUGA